UAUUACACAUUGACUAACAAAGUUAUCAAGAUGGCUUUUCUUAGCAGUUGCUGGAUUUCUGUUCACAGUUUUUGUUCUUCCCUGUUCCAGAGGUUGAGGUCUUUUGCCCUGCGGCUUGGCCAGUCGCAGGGCGAGGGUGGGACUUGUACUGAGGUGACCGAGGCUAUGAGGGCACUACCUCCCGGUAGUGAUGAGGUCGUUGCUUUGGCUGUGACGGAGGAGCUGUCUACUGAGGUGACUCCCUUCGCUAGCCAGGACCCCGUCCGCCCUGUUGUAGAUGUUGCGGUAAUCCCAGAGGAUACGCCCGCCGCUGACGUCGAAGGUAUUGGGGAAGGGGCUCCUCAGGGUGGCCAUCCUGAGGAGCAUGAGGUGGGUCCUGUACCCCAGGUGGAUCCUUUCCCUUUUGUACCUGAGGUAGAGGUGCCUCUCCCACCUCUUCUUGUCCCAGAGGUAGAGGUGCCCGAUCCUUUUGUGCCACAGGUAUCCCAGGUAUUCCCAGGGAACACCAGAGACAGGGAGUCUCUGGGAGGGGUGGUUCAGGGAUUAGAGGUUAAUCCUGAGGGUAGGCCAGAGUUAGAUGUACAGGGUUUUGUCCCACGCAGGUCAACUAGGCCCCGUCGACCUCAUGUGCCUAUGCAGAUUAUUUGGGGCAGGGGGGUUAAGUCCUAUGAUUAGCCAAUGGCCUCACACCUCCUCCCUUCUUGUGGUUGAGGAGAACAUGACAGAAAUAAGGGUGUUUAGUAUACUUUAACAUUAAGCUACUUCAUCAUCAUACAUUAUCAUCAUCUGUUCGUCGUCAUCCAUUGAUCAUUAUAAUCAUCCAUUCAUCAUCAUCAUCCAUUCAUCAUCCAUUUAUCAUCAUCUGCACAUUAUCAUCAUCAUCUAGCCAGCAUCAUCAUCUGUUCAUCAUUAUCAUCAUCCAUUCAUCAUCAUCUCUAUUCAUCAUCAUCUGUCAUCAUCAUCAUCUAGUCAUCAUCUAUUCAUCGUCAUCAUCAUCUUUUCAUCACCAUCAUCUCUGUUCAUCAUCUUCUGUAUCUAUCUAUCAUCAUCUGUUUAGCCAUCAGUACUUGAUUUUUCUACAGACACUUGUUGGUUAGUCCCAAUCCCCCCCUCCCCUCCUCUGCCCCAUGCCAUUUGUCAGCAUCAAGAUUUAGAACAUGAUCAAAGAUGUACUCUUAUUUUCCAUCAUGUUCUGCGUUGGUCGAGUAGGCUUAUGUGAUGGUUUGUUUGCAUUUUUCUGGUCAUGGCUGCUGUUUCCUUGCUGUUGGGGGCCGUCUUUUUUCUCUUAAAAGAGAAAUUAGAUUGACGGGAAGUGAAUCUGUGGCCAUGACAAAGAAACAUGCCUAUAGACCAACACCUUAGUCUGCUCAGCUCUUGCAGAACAUGACUGAAGAUGACAGCUCAUCUCUGAUAACCAAAUACUACUACUAAUAAUAAUAAAUUUGAAUAUAGCAUGUUUUAUAAUCACAACCAUUUCUCAGUUUAUUUUAAAAGACUAAAAGUUUGCCGAUAGUUGUCAGGGUCUUAGGAGGGGAGUUGGGCGAACCCACCGGUGAAUGUGGAUUUUCCAAGGAAACUGGCAUCACUGCUUAUCAUUCAUGUCCAUCAAUCAUCAUCCAGUCUUCAUCAUCAUCAUCCAUUUAUCAUCAUCUACUCAUUAUCAUCAUCCAUUCAUCCUCAACCAUUCAUCAUCAUCUACUUAUCAUCAUCAUUAUCUCUAUUCAUCAUCAUCUGUCAUCAUCAUCAUCAUCUAGUCAUCAUCUAUUCAUCGUCAUCAUCAUCUAGUCAUCACCAUCAUCUCUUUUCAUCAUCUUCUUCUCUAUUCAUCAUCAUCAUCUUCAUCUAGUCAUCAUCUAUUCAUCGUCAUCAUCAUCUGGUCAUCACCAUCAUCUCUAUUCAUCAUCAUCUUCUCUAUUCAUCAUCAUCAUCUGUUUAGUCAUCAGUACUUGAUUUUUCUGCAGACACUUGUUGGUUAGUCCCAAUCCCCCCUCCCCUCCUCCGCCCCAUGCCAUUUGUCAGCCUUUUAAAAAACUAAAAGUUUGCUGAUAGUUGUCAGGGUCUUAGGAGGGGAGUUGGGCAAACCCACCGGUGUAUGUGGAUUUUCCAAGGAAACAGAAUUGGCAUCACUGCUUAUCACCAUCAUCAGUCAUUAUCAUCCUCCUCCUCCACUUCCUUCUCCACCUCCUCCUCCUCAUCUUCAUCUGUUUUAUCAUCAUUCUUAUCAUCCUUAUCCUUAUCAUUUAUCAUCAUCAUUAUCAUCAAACAUUAUCAUAUCUAUCUGUAAAUCAUGCCCAAACUACAUUUAUUCAAGGUGUUAAAUGUAUACUAAACAGUCAGAUUUCUUGCCAGUUCUUUGAAACCAUUUCUUAGUUAAGUGGUGUGAUUGUUGUUGUUGUAUGUGUGGAGUUUGAAAGCUUGUAUUAUAUGUUACCAGUGACACUAUGUGUACUAUAAAUACUUAAAAGACAAUACUAAAUUAGCCAAGGAGGCUUUGUUAAUAAUGGCAAACAUUGCAUGCAGUACUGGAUUGUCCCAGGACCCAGCAAUUUCCAGGACCCUGCAAAAUUAGUAUUUAUGGUAACUAUCUUCUAUGCACGGUACUGGUUUUUUUCCAGGAAGUGAAAAGAAGAAUGUGUGAAAAGUCAUGUGUGCUUGUUUUGUAUGGUAGUGUGUGUGGUGUGAUUGUUGUUGUUGUAUGUGUAUGUUGUUUGUGUAUGUGGAGUUUGAAAGCUUGUGUUAUAUGUUACCAGUAACACUAUGUGUACUAUAAAUACUUAAAAAGACAAUACUAAAUUAGCCAAGGAGGCUUUGAUAAUAAUGGCAAACAUUGCAUGCAGUACUGGAUUGUCCCAGGACCCAGCAAUUUCCAGGACCCUGCAACAUUAGUAUUUAUGGUAACUAUCUUCUUUGCACGGUACUGGUUUUUUUCCAGGAGUGAAAAGGAGAAUGUGUGAAAAGUCAUGUGUGCUUGUUUUGUAUGGUAGUGUGUGUAGUGUGAUUGUUGUUUUUACAAAAAAUACAAAAAAUACAAAAAAAAAAAAAAAAAAAAAAAAAUAAAAAAAAAAAAUUUGUGCAUGUUCUUGUUUGUAGUAUUUAUUUAAUGUAAUAAUUUAUUGUGACCAUUGCAGGCUGCAAGAAAGAGCAUCAUAAUGCAGUUAACUGAAUUCUGUUAUGAGCAGGAAAGCGACACCAAAGAACAGUGGACAAGAUUUUUUAUGAAGCAAAAGAAGGGACAUCAGAGUGCAGUGUACAAGAUUUUUUAAGAAGGAAGAAAGGAAUAUUAAAAUGCAGUGGAUUGGAUUUAAUUAUGAAUCGAGAAAAGGAACAUCAAAGUACAGUGAAUGGAAUUUUAUUAUGAAAUGCAAGGAAGGGACAUCAAAGUGCAAUGGACUGGAGACUACUGGGGAGAAGAUGUUGCUUCAAAAGAUUGGCAGAGUUGCUUUUUGCUACAGGUGCAAAGCCGUGACAGAUUCCUUUACUAUUUAUUGAGACAUGCUAACGUUACCUUGAGGACAAUCCGGUGUCUAUAUGUCAGCUGGAUUGUGGCAUUUUUUGAAGCGACUGGUCUGCAACAUUGUGUCGGCAAUGUUAAGAUGAUGGUUGUUCCUCUUUGUUUUGAGAGAUGGAAUCGGGGAUUGUGAGGAUUUGCAUUUCUUCCAUAUCAACAGACUGCCAAUGACAACUGACUUUAUGUCCCAUUCAUAUGUACAGUCAGGGAUUGAUCUGACUUUUUUAUGAAGCAGUAGAGGAAUAUCAAAGUGCAAUCAACUAGAUUUAACAUAAAGCAAGGAAGGAUUAUCAAAGUGUUAUGAAUUAAACUUUUUCAGGACAGGAUCGAAUAAACAACAUCAAAUUCUAAUUGACUGGAUUUUCUCAGGAAGAAAAGAAAGAACAUGAGGAAGGAACAUAAAAGUGCAAUUAAUUCAAUUUUAUUAUGGAGAAAGGAAGAAACAUCAAAGUGCAAUCUUCUUGGAUUUUAUUUAAGUGCAGUGGACGGACUGGAUUUUCUCAGAAUGAAGAGAGGAUAUUCUGAUGUUAAUGUGACCCAUAAAAGUGACUGUAUUCAUUUAUAGCAUUUAAAGUGAAGAAAUAACAUAAAAAUGUAAAUCAUUGGAAUUGAUACUUUUUGUGGGGGUGGGAAUAUCUGUCCUGUGUAUACCAUUUCUUCCCAUUCAUCCUAUCUUAUUUCAUCCUGACCAGGCCCAUCCCAUCCCUGAUUGGUUACCCAGAUAUUAUUGCACAUAUAAUAAAUAAUAUAGCAUAUUUGAAUUAAAAUAUAAAUGUAGAACAUGGCCACAAAAUAAACAGAGAAAAGAUGUGUAUAAAUCAGUUUAAUAUGAAAUAUGUUGAUAUGAAAUCAUGUCUUAUUCAUGCAAUUGACACUUUCUAUAUUCAGACUAUAUGAAGUGGUAAAAGUACACUUUUUUAUAAGCAAAUGUAUGUAUAUGAUAGAAAAGGUCGAAAACUUGAAUUUUUCGAGACAUUCAUAAUAUUAUUAUGGAUACAGUCUAUUAUGUGAAGUGGAAUAAUUAUUAAAUCUGGAACCACGCUUGUACGG